CGGCGUACCACCCGCAAUAGACGGUUUAUCAGAGCGCAAGAACUAAACCGUCGAGAUCGCUAUUCGGUACCAUAUAGCAACGAAUCCCGACGUAUUCGUAUCUUGGGUCGAGAUCAUACCAGCUUUGCCCCUAGAACUGGUUUAUGGUUUCAAGCCGAAGUCAGCCCUCGACCUGAUCUACCGCGACGAUAAUAAACACGACGCGAAGGCAAUCAGAUACUAUAUCAACGGGAAGCGGACCCGGCAAUUGCUCACGCCCAGGCUCAUCUAUUACGAGUAAAAGUGCGGUCUGAAUUAUUUGUAUUUAUAGGGGGUUUGACUGUAGGCCUCAGGCCGUAUCAUGGUGAAUAACAGAGCUAUUAAAGCUCUCGUCUCCGCUCUCUGGGCCUCCUUCCGUGCUCGGGUCCACCUCUUCAUUUGCCGUCUUCUCUACUGGACAGGGUCUGGCGGAUGUCCGAAUGGGUUUCCCAUUAGAAUCAAUGGGCCAGGCCAUCAUCCCUUAUACGUGGCCUGUAAUCCCGUCAAUCUUGAACACCUCGAAGUGCAAGCCGAUGGUGUACCGUAUUGCCGAUUUCGUUGCCUCCCUCUCUUCCUCGGUGAUCGGCGUCUCGGUGUCCAAGGCUACAAGGUCCUCUACUAUCAUAUCUGCCAGUUUUGGCCACUGUCCUGCCCGGGCCAACUCAUUGAUUUUUGUAUGGGCUACCUUGUUGCAUUGCGUAUACAGCUUCAUGCAGUCACGGGCCAUUCUAUGAGAUCCCGUUCAUAAGGAGGACCAAAUUGUGGAGCAAAUCCGACAGGGGGGUGGCUAUCGGGAGUUUCCCUGCUUUCCCAGACUG